AUGAUCAUGGGAUAUCCUAUCUUGCCUGUCACAAGUAAAGGUCAUUGGAAGGAAUGUGGCCGAACGGAACGGUUACAGAAUACUCUCAAUCCUGAAUGGUCCACUCAAUUACGAAUUGAGUACUUUUUCGAGGAGAAACAAUCGAUGAAAUUUGAAAUAUAUGAUAUCGACUCAAAAUCGCCCGAACUCUCUGACCAUGAUUUUCUUGGGCGAAUGGAAUGUGAUCUUGCCGAGAUCGUUUCUAAUCGUCCCUUUGUGAAACCGCUAAGUGGCUUGAAAGGUUACUGUGGUGAUAUAACCAUCUGGAGUGAUGAGAUUGACGAAGGAUCGAAGGAGAACGUCCUCUUUCAUUUGAGCGCUAAAAAGCUUGACAAAAAAGAUUUCUUUGGGAAAUCUGAUCCGUUCCUCAAUAUUUAUAGAGUGGACGAUGAUGGCAGCCGUGUGCUGGUGUAUCGAACAGAGGCUAUCAUGAAGGAGUUGAAUCCGACAUGGAAACAAUUCGAAGUUAACUCAAAGUUACUCUGUCAUGGUGAUCACAACAAAGCUUUUCUCGUCGAAUGUUGGGACUGGGACCGCGAUGGCGGUUCAAGUCAUGACUUCAUUGGAAGCUGUGAAGUAUCGCUUAACCAGCUGCUGUCGAAAUCAGCUGUAAAGUCAUUACCGCUAAUAAACGAGAAGAAACAAAAGAAAAAGGGCGAUAAGUACAAAAACUCAGGGACGUUGGAGUUUGAUGGGGUGCAAAUCCUGAAACAACACACUUUUCUGGAUUAUAUUUCUGGAGGGUAUGUAGACACAAUAUCGUCAAAAUUCACUAAGUUAGUUAGAGCUGUUAUUGACAUUUGCCAGCACUACAACAAUAGCAAACUCUUCGAUGCUUUUGGCUUUGGAGCCAUUCUUCCUCCAGAAACACACGUAUCUCCAAUAUUUUCCUUGAAUUUUGAUGCUAACCCAGCUGUAGUAGGAUUACCAGGCGUAAUGGAAGUAUACCGGUUUGCUCUUAAUCGAGUGAAGCUCUACGGACCAACCAAUUUCGCUCCGGUAAUUAAGGAGGUUGCCAAGAAGGCUGCGAGAUUCAAACUCGAUGGUGCUAGAUAUGAGGUGCUAUUGAUAAUAACUGACGGUGCUAUAUCGGAUCUGGCGGCCACAAAAGCGGCAAUUAUUGCGGCUUCAUCUCUUCCACUUUCUAUCAUCAUUGUUGGCGUUGGAAAUGAUGAGUUUGAGAAUAUGAAUGAACUAGAUUCGGAUGACCGUCUGCUUUCUCAUGCUGGACGAACAGCUCAGCGAGAUAUUGUUCAGUUUGUUCCUCUGAGAAACUUCAUCCGCCAAGAUUGCAUUGGUGCAGAAAGCGAGAGGGUUAUGGGUCUUCUAGCCAAGGAGGUCUUGGCGGAGAUUCCUCUCCAGUUGACGUCUUUCAUGAAGAUGAGAAAUAUCCUUCCUCGUUCCCCGGAUGAUCCCUUCCCGAAGGAUCCUGAAGCAGUGUAUCAACCUAGUAUGCCCCCGAACUACCCAUACCCAGCCCAACCUCCACAGACAAGUAAUCAGCAAUCACCAUAUCACGGAAUUCAAGGUGCCCAAGUUCCUCAAUCUAGUACCCAGGAACCACAAUAUCCUGGUGUUCAUCCUCAACCAUACCCAACACUUCCUCAACAUUCACAAGCGAUGGGCUAUCCGUACCCCAUACCAGCUCAGCCAGUUCCAUUCCCUCAACAACAGCCAAUCUACCAAUUUUACCCCAGUGGACCUCCAAUGUACGCUCCUACUCCUAUGCCAUAUCCACCCCAGCCCGGAAUGCCGACUCCUGGAUAUAUGCCACAAGGUCCUUAUCUCCCACAGUCUGCUCCAAAUGCUCCAACGGCUCCUCCAGUUGACUUGAAUGAUAUCCAGCCGGAAGUGGUUACUAAUCGAAUGAAAAAUAUGCAUCUCAGACGAUGA